CCUGCAUUGUGGGAUUCCCCUACUUCCGGUAGUACAUGCGGGAAAAGAUGGCGGAAUACGAUCUUACGUCGAAAAUUGGCCAGUAUUUGGACCGGCAUUUGGUCUUCCCCUUGCUGGAAUUCCUGUCGGUAAAAGAGAUCUAUCAUGAAAGGGACAUGCUUGAAGGCAAGUUGAAUCUGUUGAGCAACACAAAAAUGGUGGACUACAUCAUGGAUGUCUACCGAAGCUUACAUCCUGACAAGGAGGUCCCCCCUGACAUGUACGACAAGCGCACCGUUGUCGUCGAAGAGAUGAAGAAGCUGAUGAACCAGACCAAGCCCAUCCUUGAAAUCUUCUCUGAAGAAGAGGUCAUCUCCAAAAUCCAGGAAACGCGGGACGGCCGCAUUCUCUUCGACUACAUGGCUACAAACCACGGGUUCCGUCAGGACAUGUUGGACACACUGUACAAAUUUGCCAAGUUCAAGUAUGAGUGCGGAGACUACAGCACAGCGGCUCAGUACUUGUAUUUCUUCAGAGUAUUGAUCUCGCAGAACGACAAGAAUGCAAUGCCGGCUCUGUGGGGCAAACUUGCCUCGGAGAUCCUGAAGCAAGACUGGGACCAGGCACUGGAGGACCUCAACCAGCUACAGGAAGUCAUCGAUUCUAAUACCUUUGUCACACCACUGCAGUCAUUACAGCAGAGGACGUGGCUGAUCCAUUGGAGUCUCUUUGUGUACUUCAAUCACCCACAAGGGAGAGAUUUCAUCAUCGACAAGUUCCUCUACCAACCAGCGUACUUGAACGCGAUUCAAACCACGUGUCCGCACAUCCUGCGAUAUCUCACCACAGCUGUCAUCACCAACAAGAACAGACGGCGGCAAGUCUUGAAAGACCUGGUCAAAGUCAUCCAACAGGAGUCGUACACGUACAGAGACCCCAUCACAGAGUUUGUGGAGGACCUCUACGUCAACUUUAACUUUGACGGAGCGCAGCAGAAGCUUCGAGACUGUGAAACGGUUUUGAUCAACGAUUUCUUCCUGGUGGCCUGUAUAGAAGACUUCAUCGAGAACGCUCGCAUGUUCAUCUUUGAGACGUUCUGUCGCAUCCACAACUGCAUCAGCAUCAACAUGCUUUCUGAUAAGCUGAACAUGGUACCAGAAGAGGCAGAGCGCUGGAUCGUCAAUCUCAUCCGUAAUGCACACCUGGACGCUAAGAUUGACUCCAAGUUGGGUCACGUGGUGAUGGGUUCACAAAACGUGUCGCCAUACCAACAGGUCAUCGAGAAGACCAAAAACCUGAUCUACCGGAGCCAGGCACUGGCCAGUAACAUCGAGAAGAGAGACGCGUCGAAAAACGCCACUUCAAAACCGCAACAACAAGCAGGGAGUUCGAUGUGGGGAGCUGACAUGUAACGGCCGUUUACUGCACUCUCAAAAGACCACCGGAGCAUCCCACAGUACAACUGAUGUCAGCAACCGUUUGCUGCAGUGGCUGCAGGCAAGACUUUUGUCCUCACGUCAAACAUGAAACAGUCACAGACUGGAAUGGUUCAUCUGUAGUUGUAUGCUGCAA